AUGUCCACCGAAGUUCAGACCUCGAAUUGGCGCCUUGUCCAGAUCGGCCGUAUCGUCCGUAUCGAGGAGGGACCAUACGCCGGUAAACUGGCCAUCAUCGUAGAGGUUAUCGACCACAAGCGUGUCCUCGUUGAUGCUCCUUCCUGCACCGGGCUCGUCCGCCACUCGAUUCCUCUCGCCCACCUUAUCUUGACCCCCAUUGUCUGCAAGUCCCUUCCUCGUGGUGCCCGCAACGGAAAGGUUACCAAGGUUUGGGAGAAGGAGGAGGUCGACAACCAGUGGAACAAGUCCGCCUGGGCCCAGAAGCUCGUCGCCAAGGAGAGGAGACGACAGCUGACCGAUUUCGAGAGAUUCCGCGUCAUGGUGCUGAGGAAGCAGAGGAGGUUCGACGUCAGGAAGGCUGCGGCCAAGGCCUAA